UGAUGUACCGAGGCCUAUUCGAGACAUAAGAAUGUGUGUGGAGUGUCCUUCAGUACAUUCUUGGGGAUCUUUAUCAUGGUUGUGACUGUCUUGAGAUAAUCGGACAGGACGUCUUUAAAAAGAAAAUGGCCGACCAGACGCAGAUGGAGCCACCAGAGGCAGAGUAUGAAUGGUCAGCUGACCGCGACGUGGAAGACGUUAUCGCUGGCCUUGACCUUUCGACCUUGACCCCCACGGAAGAUAUCGAAAAUUUAGACCAAUCAAAUCAGGGAAGUGAGUGUUCGUCAAGAGAGGGCGCCAGUGUCGAUGGCAGUGAGGGCAACCGUGCGGACACGGCUAGCUUGAGUUCGGAACAAAGUGAACAGAAAAGUGUCACAUCAGAUCUGAGUGGGUUGGACAAUGUUUGGAUGGAGGACACAGCGACGGGGCAGUUAGAACCUAUAAAAGAUAAAUUUGCUUCCCACCCGGAACCGAAACCGACAAGGAAAAAAUCCAUCACGAAAAAUCCGUUUAAAUACCUCCAGAGGAAGUUGAGCAAAGGCGAGAUGGUUCCUUUAUCAAUUCCCGAUACUGAUCUCUCACAAAUUCGCGUGGACAGCCUCCCACAGCAGUUUGUGACCAAGUAUUUGGGCUGUCUGCCAACAUCUGGUGUCCAGGGGCUCAAACAUAUCCGUAAACCAGUGGAUACCCUGGUGAGGCGGGUGACGGAAUCCGACAAGAAAAAGGAUCUUCCGCUUGUGCAGUUGACCGUCUGGGGAAAGGGUGUCCAGGCGACGCUACACCCUAAGACGACGUCCAGAGACUUUGAGCCCCAUGUCAUGCCCGUGGAGUUUAUCUCAUAUGCCGUGCAGGACACUAAAUAUUACAAAAUUUUCGCGUUUAUCAACGUGACGGAGGUAACGUCAAACACUCAGAAGGUCGAGUGUCACGCUUAUGUUUGUGACUCUGCCGCCACCGCGAGGAAACUGACCCUGUCCGUUGCCAAAGCUUUUCAGCUGUAUGCUGGGAAGCUCGGCGGCGGACGAUUUGAAUUUAAGGUAGACUUGCGCACGCCGGACGAGAUUAAACGUGAGAAAAUGGAGAAAAGAAAGAGUAGAAAAGGAUCCGAUUUUGAGGCUUGAGGGCAAGGUCAUAUGAAUAUGAAUAUUAAAAUGGCGGAGAUUAUGUCAAGGACGAGGUCAUGUGCCAUUGAGUCAUGUGACACUGGGUCAAGGCCAAAUUGUCAAGUGAAGACAAGCACGUUCUGUGGGGAACUUAUCGCCCACGUCAAAAUAUCAGGUAUUAUUGAACAAUCAAGGAGAAACUCAGUAGACUUUCAAGGUGUGUUUCAGGGUCAUAGGACACGGUAGACUCAGUCAUGACAAGCGGACAAUAUUUGGAGAUACCUCAACGGAACCAAGAUAUAAAUGGACUGUAGCAAUAUACCUGUAGAUCCGAUCCGCCAACAUCUAAGAAAAUAAUUACAAAUCUUAUUUUGCCAAAAUAAGUUAAAAGUAAAGCGAAGAAAAAAGCGCUGUUUAUAAUGUAAAAUUUUUGUAAUUUAUUGUUUUCUUUUAGAUGCUCUAAUAUAUACAGUUAAUUAGAGAAGAUG